AUGGUUGUGACGUCACAGCAAAAUAAGAUGAGGUCUAAAGCCUGUAAACCGCUGAAGGAAGGUCUGGACCCAGGACCAUCUCACACCCACAAAGACCCGAGCCUGGUCCAGACCCCAGACCUGGUCCAAACCAUGUCCAGUCCAGACCUCGUUCAAACCCAGUCCAGUCCGGACCUUGUCAAGACCCAGUCCAGUCCAAACCUGGUCCAAAGGAGGGACACAGAUGGAACCAAGGGUCAGGAAAAGAGUCAGAAGGAACUGCUCCAUCUGUUAGUUAUCAUGGAAGGAGAGCUCCAGGCUCGUGACGAUGUCAUCGCGGUGCUUCGCUCACAACGCUGGGGUCCUGACGUCCUAGAGGCUCAUUAUGGCUCCAGCGCCCCCCUCAGGCCACUGCAGGCACUACAGCGAGACACCGCCCUGAGCAGAAACCCAGACGAUGUGUACGAGGCUCCUAUGGCCGAGCUGGAUCUCCUGCAGCAGCAGUAUAGCAGCACCUACAGGAUGAUGGUGGAACAGCUGAAUUCAGAGAAACUGAAACACAAAGAGUUUAUGAGAAAAAGUGACGACUUCACCAACCUGCUGGAGGCGGACAGGAUCAGGCUGAAGCAGCUGGUAGAGCAGGAGAAGUGGUCUCAGAUUCAUAAAGAUAAAGAACACGUGGAACAUUUGGGAAAGCUCAGAUCGGAGGUUCUGCAGCUGCGCUCCUUACUGCUGCUCCUGCUCCACCAGCUGCAGAACCAGAGGAGGAGCAUCCGGGAGCUGAGGAGGAACCUGCAGGAACGAGAGAAGAGCCUGUCCCAGAGCCUGGACCGUGGAAAACACCAGGAACAGGUCAUUCUGAGGCUGGAGACCGAGCUGGAGCAGGAGGCCACUAAGCUCUUCAGCGAGAGAGAAGACACCACCAACCAGCUCCUCACGCAAGACUCACAGAUGCACCUCCUCCAGCUGCAGCUUACCCAGUUCUGCAGCACCACCCAGGACCUGCAGCAGAAGAACCAGGACCUGCAGCAAAAGAACCAGGACCUGCAGCAGAAGAACCAGGACCUGCAGCAGAAGAACCAGGACCUGCAGCAGAAGAACCAGGACCUGCAGCAGAGGAACCAGAACUUGACACAGAGGAACCAGGAUUUAGAGCAGAGGAACCAGAAUUUGACGCAGAAGAACCAGGAGCUGCAGAGCUCCGGCCACAUGGUGCUCACAGAGAGAGUUAGUGCAAAGGGCAGUCCCAGUUUGGUUCAGGAGCUGGAGAUCCUGAGGGGCAAGUUUUCAGAGAUGGCGGAGAAAGAGGAGAAUCUGAGCAGAAUGGAGUCGCAGUGUGGGGAAUUAAGGAUGAAGCUGGAGGAGGCUCAGAGUCAGAGCAGUGUCCUAAGAAAGGAGGUGGAGGAGGUGCAGCAAAGACUCGGACAAACGCAGAAGUUAAGGACGAUGUUCCUGAAGAGCGAAGCUGAGAGCUCACAGCUGCGUCUGAGUUUGGAAGAGGAGAAACAGAGUGUGAAGGACCUGUCUGCUGCCUUAGAAUCUGUCAGAGCAAAAGUGAAGGAGCUGGAGGAGACCGAGGAGAAGCUGGAGGAGACAGAACGAGCUCUGAGAGAAGACCUUUCCAAACUUAGGUCCCUCACACUGACGAUGGCCGAGGAACACAAGGAGGUCAAGGAGGAACUGGGGCGCGAGAGGGAGAGGAGUGAGGAGAUGGAGGAGAGACUGAGGAGCGAGAGGGAGAGGAGUGUAGAGAUGGAGGAGAGACUAAGAAGCGAGAGGGAGAGGAGUGAAGAGAUAGAGGAGAGACUGAGGAGCGAGAAGGAGAGGAGUGAAGAGAUGGAGGAGAGACUGAGGAGUGAGAGGGAGAGGCGUGAGGAGAUGGAGGAGAGACUGAGAAGCGAGAGGAAGAGGAGUGAGGAGAUGGAAGAGAGACUGAGGCAGGAGCAAGAGAAUGUCUCAGAAGUGACGGAGAAGAUGGAAGAGGAGAGCAAGAGGUGGAUGAAGGUCAAGUCUGAGCUGGAGCAGAGCGCGGAAGAGGAGCGCAGGAAGCUAAAGAGUAGCUUCCAACUUGAGGGACAUGUGGCCAGGAGCGAAAUGAGUCUGUGGGGGAAGGGCCAGAUGUGGGAGGAGCCCAGCCCUGAGAUGAGGACACUGAAGAGCAGAGAAAAGGUCUCUCAGCUGGACUCAAGGUGCAAGGAGGCAGAGUCAGAGCUGCAGACGCUGUUCAGAGCAGAGAAGAAGAAGAACGAAGAACUGAGAGCAGAGACCCUCACUCUGAAAGAGCAGAUCCACCAACUGAGAACCACAGAGGACCACAGGCUCUGUCAGCUGCAGAUGGAGCUGCAGGAGGUGAAGAGGAGGCAGCAGACAGAGGAGGUCCCACAUAUGGACAACUUGAGGAGAUUCAGCCGUGUUUCUGGUCAGCGUCUGGUUCCUGUUUCUUCUUCUUCGUCUCAAACCGAGAACUUCGACGACGACUCGACAGACGGCUUCAUUCGCAGAUGUGUCCAGGAGGAGAACAGCUUCAUGACAUCGCUACAGCAACAAGGCCACACAUCGCUACGGCAACAAGGCCACAAACCGGUGCUGGAGCGAUAUCCUUUGGCGAGAACACUACCUCCGCCGCUGCAGACGCAUCAGCCACAUGCCCCACUGCGCAUCCGCUUCAGCCCCAGCCUCAGCAGCUGCUCCACACUGGAGUUCACCGGAGUCUCCGACCGCCUCAGGGCCUGUCCCACCAGGGUCUGUCCCACCAGGGUCUGCAUGGUCCCACAGUCCUCCUCCUCGCACAGAUUUUCAUCCUCCACCUCUUCUACCUCCUCCUCCUCCACCUCCUCCUCUGCUGUUACCAUCGCCGCUGUGUCCAAAGCCCAGAAAGGACAAUUGAACGUGAUCCGAGUAGAGGACAGUACCAUCCACAUCCGCCUGGGGGCGCCGCUGACACAGAGGAGUGAGGAGGUCACAGAGAAAAGUUCAACAAAGAAGAGCAGCAGCAUCAUGAUCACACCCACCAAUGGGAACGCAAGGAAGGGUGGAUUCGGUCUUUGUUCCAGUCCUGGUCCAUGUCCUGUUCCUGGUCCAGUCUGGUCCAAACCGGUUCAGUCCUUGUCGGCCCUGGGUCUGUGUUCUAUCACACGAGUCCAUGAGUCGAAAGCAGAACAUCUGAAGAUCCAGAUGAAGACCUCAAAUCUGUAA